AUGGAUGAGACUGAUGGUCGCGAGAAUUGGGUCUACCCCAACUCCCUUCGAGCUCUCCCCUUGGAUCAAGGGAAUGUUUUUCCAUCGGACGCACCUCAUGCAAUUAGCUCUUCGCUCCCAACCUGGGAGUCCGUCGUUGGCCUUUCGACCGAAGACAAGACGAUUUUCGAAAGAAUUGACUACGGCUACCCUCGGUUCUUCAUUGGCAAGCCUAUCCGAUCCCUCAUUAUACGUGUCAAACAACGGUUGAAAGUCAAUUCGAAUGAUCUGGUCUGCUUUAUCUUUCCGUCUCCUGAUGACGCCAACGACUACGCCGUAAUGUUGCGGGAAAAGAGCGCUGAAGUGCAUCACGUCCGCUUCUCCUCACCAGGACCAGUAAGCUCAGAAAAUGGGGACGAUCAACUUUCUUUCUCAGCGCUACUACUUCCUUCCAAUUUGAAGGAACAUGCAAUGAGCUUUUGGGUGAACUUCGGCACCGGCAUUACCACGCGUCACGCCGAAUACUGCUUGAAGCAUUUUGACGAACUCAUCUCGAAGUCCCCUGUGGAUGAGUUCAAAACAGUGGCUACAGCGAUACCCUCCCGCGAUCCAUCAUCCGAAGCGUGGAUUCAGCGCGGCCCAAGAGACCUUGAAGACCUAAAAGCCCACAUUGCUCGCUUGGCUACUUCUGAGAGGUCUGGUCUGAAGUGUGUCGAAGCCGGAGAUGUAUUUGUUUUUCCCAAUGGGAUGAACGCAAUUUAUAACGCUGCUGAAGCAAUCGCGGUUAACAAUCCAAAGAGCGGCGUUGUUGCAUACGGCUGGAUCUACCCUGAGACAAUCAACAAUCUUCGUGGUGGGUCCUGGGAAAACUUCAUAGACUUCAAAAUGGGCAGUGAAGAGGAUUUAGACCAUCUUGAGUCUAUGUUGAAGCCUAAUGACAAGCAGAUCAUCGCUGUCUUCUGUGAGCUGCCGAGUAACAUUAAGUUCACUUCACCCAACCUCCAAAGGAUUCGAGAGUUGGCAGACGAGUAUGACCUCAUCAUUAUUUGCGAUGAAACAGUUGGUAACUUUGUCAACGUUGACCUCCUGCCCUACGUGGAUAUCAUCACGACGAGUUUGACCAAGAUGUUCAGCGGAGCAGCAAACGUGACAGGAGGAAGCGUCAUCGUCAAUCCUAAUUCUCGUCACUAUUCGGAGAUACACUCUAGCCUUAGUUGGCGGUGUCAAGUUGUGUCGUGCUUCCCCAAGGACAUCGCGGUCCUCAAGCAAAACUCAGUCAACAUGGUUGAAAGGGUGAAGAAAGCCAAUGCAAAUACCUUGAUCGUCGUAGAUCUUUUCGAAAAGCACCCUUUAGUCGCUAAGGUCAACUAUCCAUCUCGAGGUGCGACCUUCCAGAACUACGAAAGGCACCGCCGACAAAAUGGAGGAUAUGGCAAUGUCUUGAGUGUGGUAUUUCACAAGCCGGAGUCUGCUCAGCUGUUUUAUGACAAGUUGGAUGUCUGCAAAGGCUCGAGCUUUGGAACAAACUUCACUCUUGUGAUUCCCUUUGUCCAGCUGGCUGCAUACCAGUUGCAGGAGAAAUUGGAGAAGUACGAGCUUCCGAAGCAUAUUCUCCGGAUCAACGUUGGGCUUGAAGAUCCAAAUGAGAUUUGUGCCAAGAUGUCGGAGGCAUUAGUGGCAGUGGAAGAGUUCGAACAGAUGCCUCGCAGUGUCGGUCUUGGAGCAUGA